ACGAUGGCCAAAUCUCAGCGACUCUCUUGCUCUCCUUCUUUCCUUCGUUCUCUCGGUCUUUCUUUCUGUCUUUCUUUCUUUAUCUCUCUGUCUCACUGUCUCGUCUCUCUUUCUGCCCAUCUUUCGUCCUCUAUUUCUUUUUUCUUUCUUUCCCAUGCUCGUGAACAGUUUUGCGGACAUUCGAGGAUUCAGUGAUUCAGUGUCGUUUCGGACUUAGUCUUUGAAAGAUUGUUGAAUCUCCUCUCCAACUCAACGACAUGUGCACUCUGAAUAAGCCUCUUAAUUGAAGGUCACUUGCCCAAUCAAAACAUCAAUUCGGCUGAAAAGGUUGUUUAAGCGGAAAGACAACACCCAUUUGUCGUCUGACAACUCCUCACUUUCCACGAGAGAAAACAUUCGUAAGCCUCUGCCAUCCCUUUGUUCACACUUCCACUCUCAAGGCACACAGUCCGCGACUCUGGAUCUCCCACUUGAUUCAUGAUCUACCUCUCCUCUUCUGCCUGAAUCAGAUCAUGUCGGACAUUCAACGCGAGGACAGUUUCCGGACCACCUUGAAAAACCAGAAGCGCCGCCUCUCGGCCACGAAAGCCCCGACCAAAGGUCUGCUCUUGGACCAGGAGCCACCCUCGCCGCCCUCGUCCCAACUCAAAAACGUCAAGAUGAGUGGUCUUAAACCACCCCGGAAGUCUUCCAUCAAGGAGGAAUCCGUCUUUGCCUUGUCGUUGGAUGAGCAUGAUUCGCACACAUCAGGGGCCAGAGACUCAAGUCCCGAUGAAUUUGACACUCCGCCUGAAUCCCCAAGGACAGUGUCUCCCCCGGUCAAAGUUCCUAUGACUGGCACAUCCCCCAUGCUGAAGGCACCCAAUUCACCCUACGCCCCUCGAACCCCUAGUCCCUUGGUAAAGAGUGUCACGGAAUCAUGUCUGGUGGGGAACAAACCCACUACCAUGCCCAGGCGAGGUCGGUCCCCUAACCUAAAACUGGCCUGUUCCCCAGCACCCCGAGAUGGCAGCAAGGGUCGUUCGUCACCCGUUCCUCCGGACUCCCCGCUCCUUUGCCGAACACCGACCUCGCCCAUUGUCCUGAAGGCUCGGGAGUUCAACCGUGAGCUUCGCCGCGCCCGCAGCUUCCAUCGCAGUCUGGAGCGAUCUCGCGAUCACUCUCGGACUCGGGACAUGAGCUAUGAUUCCGAAGACGAGGGCUCCGACACAUCCCAGCCCCCGGCCAUGAGGCUCAAGCAAGAAGAGAUAGGUUUCUCGAUCAAAAAGCACGCCGGAGGCAGACAAGGCUGGAAGAUAAUGCCAGAUCUAGGGUGCCCCCUACGCCCCGAAGCUCUGAAAAAGGUGGUGGGGAUGAUUAAAGAAAUGGAACUCAAAGGGCACACCAUUCCAGAGAGGAUAUCCAUAAAUAUGUAACCCUGAAAGUCUCCUCUCCACAUCCUGUUCCAAAUUUGACCACUUCACACCGAAUUAUCCGUCCGUCCGUCCGUCC